AUGCCAAUUAUGUCUGUUUAUUAUUUUGUGCAAAGCUUGAGAGAAUUUUUCGGACCUUUUUGGUUGUGCCAUUUAUGGCAAAUUGCUGAUAUAGCUGUGUCAACUAUUUCACUUUAUUCUAUAUGUGCUAUCGCGCUAGACAGAUUCUGGAAUCUGGAGAAACCGUUACGAGUUUUUAAGCGUAGUCGACGAAUAGCUCAACGCCUUAUUAUUGCCAUUUGGAUUAUUCCGUUGAUUAUCUGGACGGGUGUUUAUUAUUUUUUCAAUCUUGAAACUUACGCUGUAGAAACCGCUAAUAGUCGGCCAACACGUGUAACCGGUAGAUGUUACACAAAAUGGUCGCAUAAUUAUGUGCCAAUUUUAAUUGCAGGACCUGUGGUGUAUGUACCAGUUAUCAUUCUUGUAGGUUUUCCCUGUAUCUGUUGUUGCUAA